GCCGGGCGUGAGCAUGGACAGCGGUGAUUCCCACACCUUGCGCAAAGCGCAGGCCCUUGCCAUUUGUGCGAAGGCAGGGGACGAAGCAAGUGGAAGACUGCUGAUCGGCCCUGCCAGCCAUGGCAAGUAUCGCACCUGCGACGACUGCAAUGUUGAGCAGCCGCUCAAAAAUGUGCUGGCGGAUCUCGCUUGCAGCCUCCGCCGCGUUGGUUCCGAGCAUGGUCUCGUGGUCGUGGUCACGAACCACAUGACGACGAG